AUGGAGAUAUACAGGUCAAAUAUACAAACUGGUUUAACAGGUGUGCGCGCAUGGCGUGGGAGGUGAAACACGUGAUACAAUGAGAAGGUGUGAUAGGCUAUCGCUUCCUAGAAUUGCUAUUACAUAGAAAAAGGGUAUUCCCCUAUUAAGUGAUUGCUGCUAUACUUUGAAGUGAUACAACAUUCAAUGCAGUAACCGCAAGUGGGAAUAAUGGAUUCGUUUCUUAUUUUGUUAAACGAAAUCAGCUAUGAGCUUACGGACGAUGAAUUACAGAGCCUCAUUCACAUUUAUAACGUGCCCGGUGGCCUACGAAAACACAUAAACAGCGGUCUAGCGUUGUUCCAUUACAUGAUGAGACAGGAUUUCAUCAGCCGUGAUAACAUCGAAAACCUUCACAGGUUGAUGCGAAAGAUAAGACCCGCCAGGCGAGAUUUAGUACGAAAGGUAGAAAAGUACAUCGAAAAGGAAUUCGAAACGGCAGAUUUCCGUACAGUGAUUACAGACCUGAGCGAGUCUUGGGAGAAAAUCGAGCACAAUACUGGAGGAGGAAGUGGUCCAGGAACUCUAGCUUCCCCGACACCCGAGGAAGCGGCUACUUGUAACAUCGACUGCGCCUACGUGAAUUGCUUGUGUCGAUGCCGAAGAGUCCCUUCUUGCUACACUCCUGCCAUUCUACUUUUGCUCGUGCUGAUAAUAGCCACCGCGGUUUUUUGGUACGCCGAUGUUCCUGAGAUUACCGAUGGAAUAAAACACAACGCUCAACUCAAAAAAGCUGGAAUCUAUAUACUUCUUUCGGAGAUUCUAGUUCUCUUUCUUGUCAUUUUCCUUCGUGUAAGAAGAGUGAUUGAUCGUUGCGUCGUUGGGCAAACAUCAGGUUACACUGUUUUGCGUAGUCCUGGUAUUCAAGCACCCAGGGAAAUCGUUGCCUCGACCAGCACGGAUGGACUAGCCAACGUACCGACAAGCGCUCCUAAGCCGUUUAGGCCGGACCGUCCUAGCUCAGAAAGCGCCGUGUUCAGCAGUUAUACCUCCGGUGAACCUGGAAGCAUUUCAACCUGCGGUGGUACUAUGGGUGAACCAAAAGGGUUUGAUGUGAACUCUGGACCUGAAGUGUAGCCUUCAAGUGGUCCUUAAUUAUAUUCCGUGAGGAACAGAGUUGAACUAUAAUGCUGAAGCUAUCCAGUGUAAAUAAAUUUAGCUUAGUUUAAUAGGUUUCCUCCUGGGGCCGGUUGU